CACUCAGUUGUUCAUUUCCAUCACCAAGUAAACUCUUAGCUCUAGUAAUACACACAUUAGCAUUUCCCACAUUUUCAGUUUGAAUAAAAUGGCCAAGGCUACUGUAUCAUCCAUUAUCCUUCUCCUCACUUUGAACAUUCUCUUCUUCACAAUGGUUAGUUCAACUUACAUCCCAUGCCCACCAAAAACAAAGAAUCAACCCCAUCCCACUACCCCAUCAUCCAAGGGUUAUAAGAAGUGCCCAAAGGACACACUAAAAUUGAAUGUGUGUGCCAAUUUAUUGAAUGACUUGGUGCAUGUUGUUAUUGGAAGCUCAUCAAAGAGUUCAUGCUGCUCUCUCAUUGAGAAUCUUGCUGAUGUUGAUGCUGCAGUUUGCCUUUGCACUGCCAUUAAAGCUAAGCUCUUGGGAACUAACCUUGAUACCGCUCUUUCCCUCAGCUUAUUGCUCAACAAUUGUGGAAAGACUGUCCCUAAAGACUUCCAAUGUGCAUAAAUGGCCGUCCUCUAUUUUCGUCCGACCCCAACUUGUUUGGAAAUGAGGUCGUAGUUGUCUGUUUGUUUUCUCUAUAAGAUUUUCGUUAGAGAUUUCAAGUGAAAAAUACUAUCAGUACUGUGUGUGUUUAUGCAUGGUUGCUUAUUUUCUCAGGAAAUAUGUGGAAUUAUUCUAGUGCUUAGAAGUACUGAGUGUGUUUAUGCAUGGUUGCUUAUUAUGUGUUGUAUCCCAUAUUUAUUUGUAAUAAGAUGGUUAUCUUCUCAUUAAGGAAAUAUAUUAUGUUUGAUCUCGGGAAAUCAAUUAUUGAUAAGGUAUUGAUAUUA